UUUUUUUCUCUGCAUUAAAAUUUAAUCGGUAAGCAGAAAUAUUUAUAUCUGUUUUGUUAUGAAAAAAUAAUUUAUUAAAUUACUGAUGGAAAUAAUUCCAGAAGCAGCUAUUAUCUUAUCUUUUGUGGUUCGGUAUCGGUUUCCGGCAGUGCGGCACUUGACUAAAGUCUUAUCUCUGACUUUCAGUGCAUAUAGCUGGUAAAUUCGAAAGUAUAAUAACCUCGUGGUUCUGUGGUUUUAUGGACGGUGUCGCCAAUCUAAUCAGACCUGAUUAUUAUUUUUUGUUAACAGCUAACACUUUCUUAAACUUUUGAUCAUAAUCACGAGCGACAUAAACUUUUGUUUUAAUUGAUUUCGAACGUAAUAUUCAAAUAAACGCUUUUGUGUAUUAGUCGUUGGUAUUUUCGUUACAAAAUUAAUCAUGUCUAAUGCGGAUGAAGAAAAGUUUGAUGCCAUGCUUUUGGCGGUGGCUCAACAACAUGAAAAAGGCGUCGGACAAGUAAUAAUUUUAAAAAUAACAUUCUUAAAAUUUUACAACAGUUAUUAUAAAUAUUUGGUACCAGUUAUUUUAAUUAUAAAACAAAUUAAAUAUAGCUAAUAAAUGUUUUAAAGUCUUUUAUUUGUAUUUUAAUUAUCUAUUUAAAAGGGUAGCUUUUUAUUUAAAUAUAGUACCUACAUAUUUUUUUUUUUGACCAUGUGAUAUUUAGAUAUUUUAGGUUUCCCUAUACUAUAUGUUAAAAUAUUGUAUUAAUUAUAUACUUAGAUAUAUAUUUAUAUUUUGUAUUUCAUUAUGAAUUUAUCAUAAUUCAUUUUGUAUUGAUUUUUCUAAUGUUUUCUUCAAUGCAAUUGUUGCUAUAGUAACAAGUUAAAUAAUGUUUAGGGCUUUUAUGACUUAAAAAUAAAAAACUGAGUACCCACAUACUUAGUGCCGUAUUUAACAAAUGUUAAAGGAGUUAACUGCCUUGGCAUCAUAAUUUUUUAAAUUAAGAACGUAGUCAACAAGGCUAAAGACAUGCAAAAAACUGGUAUGCAAUGUUGAGCUAGGUUAUUUUGCUCUAGACAUCUUAAAUCUUUAAUCUGCCACUAUGCCUACCUUAUACCUGCUUUUUCUAGAAUAAUUUGAAUGAAUGUGGGUUUAUAAAUUUAUUGUAAAUUGCUCAAACUAUUAAUAUUUACAUAUUCUGAACUUGAUUAUUUAAAUGUGUGGGCCAUAAUAACAAUCAAUAGGUUUUAUAAAAAAGUGAUGUUUAUUAAUUAAGUAUUCUAGAUUAAAUAUUUUAAUAAAUAAAUGUCAAUGCAAAUUAUCAUUGACGAAUAUGACAUAUCGCAUAUUUUACUUGUAAGGUUAUCACUACUCAUUAUAUAUUAUAAUCAAAAUAUUGAUUGUUACUUAAUUUUUAAUAUUUGUUUUAGCUAUUGGAUACAUUUUUCAGUUUUCUUGCCCGAAAAACCGACUUUUUUGUUGGAAGUCCCGAUGAAAAAGCUUGUGAACAAGUAAUCAAUAAAUACAAAAAUAAAUGAAUAUAAUUAUAACUGUUGAAAUAUAUUUUUUAGAUGUUAAUGUCGGUAUUUAACAAACACCGUGAUAUCGCAUUAAAGCAAAAACGUGCAGAAGAUGAGAAACGUAAACAAGAAGCAUUGAAAAGAUUACAAAAGUCACAGAUAGAGAGAGAAUUAGAGACUAAGCCAAAACUAAAAGAACUUACUGAUGAAGAAGCUGAACAGCUCCAAAAAGAAUUGGAUAUGGUGAGAAAAUAAAUAUUAAAUUGUGGUAUAUUUUUUAUUAUAUUAAUAGGUAUCAGUACCCAGGUCAAGUUUGGUUUUGUUAAAACUAUAAUAUUUAUUGUUUUUUCAUCAAAACUUAAUAGGAACUUUAUUGUAAUAGUUUUAAUUUUACAUUUUGAUUUUUUUUGUUAAAAAUUUAAAUUUUCUAACCAUUUUGUUAUCCAAUGUGGUGGGCAUAUUGCAGAAGCCUUCUAUAGUCCUUGUGCUGUAUUCAAAUACUGCACCAGGUGAUCCAUUUAAGUGGGUACAUUCAUUAUAUCAAAUAGUAUUAAUAUUUUUCCGGAAUUUGUAUUUUAGAACAUUAAGAAACAAGCUGCUCUACAAUUUUAUAUUUAUGUUAUUUUAUGGGACAAAAACCACUAAAUUUGAUUUUCAAAUAGCAAUGUUUAUUAAAAAGUUCAUAAAUAAAUGAAGGCUUAGUUAAAAUAACUUUUAGUGUUGAAAUGUUUGAUUUCCAUGGAGUAUCAUCUGUGUGACAGUGCAAUGUGCGGCGUGUUGAUAAUUCACCACUACUCUCCUUCAACCCAAACUUAAUGGUGGAAUAUCUCGUCAACGGAUCAACGGAUCAAUGGAAAUCAAAAAUUUCAUCACUAAAAUUUAUAUUAACUAUUAUUCCAUCUAUUUAUGGACUUUUUAAUAUAGGUUGACAAUUGAAAAUCAAAUAUAGGUAGUGGUUUUACCCCCAAAAUAAGUGUGAAAAAAUAACAUAAUUAUAAAAUUGUAGAGCUACUUGUUUCUUAAAUUGAUCACCUGGUACUUUCAUUAGUUGGUUAGGAUUGUAUGGUUAAAAUAUGAUAUAUGAUAAGGUUGAUUUAAAAUAGCGUAUUGAAAUAUCAUGUUAUUAGUAUGUAUCAUUUUAUUUUUUAGUAAAUAAUGUAUUUGGAAACUGUGUAGUCUUUAGAGGUUUAGGUAAUAUGUCAUUGGGUAAUAGCAGACUGGAUUAAAAUGUUCCCGGAGAAAAUUACAGUUUUUAACAAAAAAAAAAUUGUCUCGAAAAAAACAAUCAAAAUGUCACCUUACCUAUCUUUACUUAUAAUAAUGGAACCAGUCUUUGCAUAAUUUGUAUUUUUGUAAAAAUCUUUUCAGAAAUGUGUUUGAAAAUUAUAAACCCCCAUUUCCCCAAAAAUAAAUUUGGGUUGAGUCACUGGUUAUAACAAAUAUUAAAUAAAUAUAUAUAUACACGUUAUAUCUUUAUUCGUUUAUAGUUUUAUAAAAUAAUAUGUAAUUUGUGAUAAAUAAGUAGACUAUACUCCCCGUCUCCCGGAUACAUUUAAUGAAGUGAUAUGAACAUACAAAAGCAUUUGUCACAUUUCCUAUUUCUGCCAAGUGUGUGAGCACAGAUUUAUGACCCAGAACUCAGUUUCAGUUAUGCUGAAGUUACGCUGAUUUAUGGUUAUACUGAACACUAAAACAGCACAACAGCAACGAUAAGCAUUUAAGUGUCCUAAGUGAAUGCACCCUUAUUAGCAGCUUACAUUAUCUUGUUCUAUUAUGUGAAAAUACGAGAAUACAGCCGUAUUAUUGUGCUAAAUGUAAUUGUUAGUUAAUAAUUUACAAUUUAAUUUAUUUUAUAAGAGAUAAAAUAAUUUCAAUUUUGACCAGAUAUUAAUUAAUUAAUUAUAAAUUCAAUGACCAUUAAAUCAGUGGACAUUUUUUAAGGACACUACAUAUCUAAUUGCUUUCUCCUUCUUACAAAUGUAUAAUAGCAAGAUAUAAGCAUUUUUAAAUUGUGAUAUUUUAUACUCUCAUAUCCCAGUUAAAAAUUUUAAAAAUGAAAAAAUAAGGUUAAUAGAUUAAAGCACUAUAAUAUUAAAAUAACAGCAUAAAGUUAUUCCUGUUGAACACAAAUUUGCUAUGUGGUACAUUUUUGAGAUUGAGAUAGUAUAUGCAUUUGUAGUGUUCUUAAUGUUCUUAAUUUCCUUAUCAUUUAACUUGUUUAUCAUUCAUUAUAUUAUUUAAUUAAUUUAAAUGAAUGUUAAUGUAUUUAUAUAGGUACAUUUUAUUCAACUGCAUACUCGUAAAUUAUUAUUUCUAAGACAGUUGUAAACUAUAAUUUGAUAACAUGAAUUAAAUGAUCAUUCUGCAUUAAUAUGUAAUAGAAUUUGACAGAUAUUCAUACUUAUAUUAUUAUGCUUCUUUUUCUUUGCCUCAGUCGAAACUAAUUUUAGUGCUUUAUAUUAUUAUAAUUAAUAAUAUGUUUAAUGAUGUAAAUAAUAAUUUCUUUAUCAUUAUAUUAAUUUGUAUUUUUAAUUACUAUUUUAGAAAAAAAAUAUUAAAACUAAAGAAUCGGUUGAACUUGAUGAAGUAUCGCAACCUGUUGGAGAAGAUGAAGAAGAUCCAAAAGAAAAAGGCAAAUUAAAACCAAAUGCAGGCAACGGUUGUGAUUUACCUAAUUAUAGAUGGACCCAAACAUUGUCUGAUAUUGAGGUAAGUCUUUUUAUAAAUUUACUAAUAUACUUACUAGAUUAAAUUAAUAAAUUUUUUGCAAAUUUGAAUUAGUAAUGUCAGACAUAUCUGGUUUUCAAUAUAAUCCACCCGAUAAUCUGGAUAACCUGGGUAUUUGAAACCAGAUAUUGAAAUAAUUUUAUUUGGAUAAUCCGAAUAAUUUAAAUAUUUUUAACCAUCUAACUUCUUUAAUUUAAUUUGUAUAUGGUACAUCUGCGUGUGUCUGAUAAUUAAUAUUAUACUCAAAGUGUAGUGUGUUAACAUAUCUGUUUUUUAAAUUUAUAAUAACCAAAAAUAACAUUUUUUGAUAAACAGACUGAUAUCGGUUUAUUUGUAAUAUCUGGAUAAUCGACAUCACUUAUUUGAAUAUAAUAAUUAUUAUAUUCACUCCUGGAUAUAUGUAUCUUCUAUUUAAAUUUGUUUGGAUAAUAUUAUGUGCUAGUUGAUUAGUUAGUUAUUUUCUAAUUUCAUUUAAAAAUAAACCAUUUUUUGGUUUUUGACAAGGUUAUUCUAGGCCCGUCAAAAAUUAUGUAUAGUAGGUACUUAAUUUAAGUGUUGGAUUGUACCUGUAUCUUUGAUACAUUAUAGUUUUAGCAAUUUUUUUUUUAAUGAUUUAUAAACAUCAUUAAAGAAGUAUAAAAAAUAAAAACAAAACAAUUUUCUAUUGGAUAAUGGGGUGGUUAGAUAUGGCUAAUAUUUAUGUUCUCGGCUAAUUUUUAAUAUGGUUCCUGGUACAUAAAAAUGAUUAAUUUGAGAAACUACUGGAAUAAUACUAAAAUUAUAAUUUUAAAUUAUUUAAUUCUUGAAAUUCAUUUUAUUGAGAGCAAUAAUUUAAUUAGAACAACAAUGUUAUAUUUUAUAAUCUAUAAUUUACAUAUUAAAGGUUUAUUGUUCAUUAACCCAUAUUUCUAUUGUUUUUUUUUCAUACAAGAGUUGUAUAACUUGUAUAUCAAGCAAAACUUGUUGUACAAUCUAUGGCACGCCCUAAAACAAACAAAACAUGCAUAACAUUAAUAUGUUUUACAUAACAUACACAAACAAAAUAUUGAGUCGUAGUAUUUUUCCUGAAAGGAAUAUCUCGGGAAUAGUUUUUUUCUCUGAUAUCCUUUUUCCUAAACACUUAUCUAAAUGUAAUAGUUCCCAAAUUGUAUAUUUCCUAAAUAGGAGGAAAAAACAUGCAUAGAUAAUGUUUGGGAAUUUGAUUCAAGAAAAAUUGGGGAUUUAAAAUAUAAUAUACACAUAUAUUUAAUGUUAUAAAGUUAAUAAUAUGUAUGAUAGAUAAAAAUUUAAGUAUUUAUGACUUAAAAUGUUUUAUUUUAUUUUUAGAAACUCAUUGUUUCCAAUAUAAGCUUUCGCUUAAAGGAGAUGUUAGUAUUUUAACUUUUAAUUGAAAUAUUCAGUAUUAUCUUUAUUUUAUAGUGUUAAAUAAUAAAUAAUAAUAAUAAUGAAGUGGAACUUAGAUUGACUUAAUAUUUUUUUGAUGAAAAUCCUUAUCUCUUUUUUAACUACUAGUAAUGAACAUUUUAUUUUGCAUUAUUCUAUUAUAAUUACUAAAUAUAGGAUUAGGGAUCAGUCAUUUUAGAUAUGAAUAUUGAAUUUUGAUCUAUUAGUUUAUUAUUACUGAGUAUUAAAAGUUUACCCCUCAAACUUUCCUAUAUUGUUUCCAUUGCAUGGAUAAUCCAUGGCUAAUUUUUUCAUCAUUCUAAUAUUUUAGUUUUAUUCAUUUUAACAUUAAGUAAUGUUAUUAUAUUUUUAUGUGUAUAAAUACUUACUAUGAACAUAGUAAACGCAGUAUGCAAUGGUUAGGAUUAGAACUAUUGUCAUAGAGAUGACCAAUACAGUAAGCUGAUGUCGUUCACAGCAACAUUGAAUAGUCUUACGAGUCUUAUGUCGAUUAUGCCCUCCCAUGCCAUUAACAAUCGUAAAAUGAUUAGACGAUGCUACUGACACAGUGUCCAAGUCAAUGUAUUUGUUAUGGGUAGCCAAGUUUUCAGUGCAUAAUAGUAAUGUAUUUGUAGAUAAUUUACUCUGAAAACAAAAAUUAAUAUAUAAUGAUUAGUAGGCAGUUGAUUUAUAUUUAGAUAAUUUUAUUAAAAGUAAUGUGCUAGCAGUUGAAAUGUAUUAAAUAUUAUUAUGCAUUAAGGUUUUUUUUUUUUUUAAUGUAGUUAUUAUUAUUAAUCUUAAAGAAACCAGGUAUGAUGUUAUAAUACUCAUUAGGUAUCUGUCUUAUUAAAUAUUGCAAUCAAUGUUCUAUAACAUUCACAUUAGACAGAUAUUUAUAUUUCAGAAAUAAUUGACUUGAUAUUUUGGCCCAAAAAAAUAGAUUAUAUCCUACAUUUAAAAUAUUAAAAUUAACACAAUAUUAUGAACAUAAUUAUACAAUGUACCUGUAAAAUAAUUGCUAAACUUACAAAAUUUUAAAAUACCUAGUACGUAUAGUAUGCAAAUAAAUAUAGCUCCAGUUUUAAUUUUUGAUAAUGAAAAUUAAUUAAUUAACUUAACUAAAUUGGACCUUUGAUAGUAAAUAAUAUGUUGGUUAAUGAUUAUUUCAAAAUUCUAAUUUAAUUUGAAAAUAAUUAAUUUAUGCUUUUAUUUAAUUUUUUAAUAGUAAUCAAUAUUCAGUAGCUAUGUCUAUGUCUAAACAUAAAUAUGGUAUGGGUAUGGAAAUGUAUCACAAGCAAUUAAAAUUGAAUAAAAAGAAAUUAUAAUAUUAAGAAUUAUUUUAGAUCGAUUACAUCAUAUGAGGUAGGAAUGAAUAAAGCUUAGUUAGGUUUAGUUAGUUAAAGUAGUGAAAAUUAAUAUUGUAGCUUAUAAAAUUAUUUGUAUUUUGUACUAGUUUAUGAUAGGACACAAAAUAUAGCCAUGCAAAUAUUAUGAUACCAAUAAUAACUACACGGUGAAUAGCAUAGUUAAUAAAGAAUGGUUAGACAAGUCCGGGCGACAUGUUCCAGAACGCGACUGUCAUCUAUCCUUUGUUUAGCAAAGUCAAUUUAUUUAUAUUUUGCGGCAGGGUGAUAAUGUUGUAUCUCAGUCAAGGUUAACCUAAUUUAUCUUGAUCUCAGUUAGACUUUAUGGGUCUUUAUUAUAAAUACUACUUAUGGCACUUAUUACAUAGUAUCAUAAUAGUGUGUUAUCAUUAUCAACGUAUGAGAGAAUGUUAUCAUUUUUUUUUAUCACAUAAAUUAAAAUUUUCACAGUAAUAUUAAUAAAUUUUAAAUUAACCAUUCAUAGGUACAUUUAUAUAAGUAUACAAUAUAACUCAAUUUUAUAUAAAAAUUACUAUACAUAGUAUGUUUGGUAAUAUGCCAAUUUGUCUUGUUAUUUAGUUCUUUUUUUGGUCAAAUAGGUAAUAUGAUUUAUAAAUGUAAAAUUUAAUGUGUACAGGUGUUAGGUUAGAGUAAAAAUCAAACUUCUAUUGUAAAAGUAUUUUGUGUUAUUACAUAAUAUAAUAUAUAAUAUAUAAUGUACAAUAUAUUAUUAUUUAAUUUGUUUUUAUGAAUAAUUGAAUUUAUUUUAUUUGAUUUCUUAAUACCUACCUAAUCAAAUAGAAAAAAAAAAAAAAAAAGUUUACUUUGGUUGUUGAGCUAAUUGACAUUUUAAGUUUUAUUGGUGACUCAAAGCGACCAUUGAUUGAGGGUAUGCGAAUAAUGAAAUGUAACCACAUUUUUGAAUUUGGAUAUGUGGAAAAUAAUAACAAAAUAUUAAGAAUCAUUGCUAUGUGUCUUUACCCUUGAGGCAUUGUGGUAUUAUAGUAAACCACCUAAAUUUGUUUCUUUUUUAUGUGUACAAUUUUUAUGGUUUUUAUGAGUGCUAAAUUUUAAUAUUUUUUAAGAAAUAAAUUUUCAAAAAUAACGUGUGUCUCAAAAGGUUAAAACUAGUGAUCUCAGUGGGAAAUUAAUGUUUCUGUGUUCCUAUGAAGUCUAUAGAAUUGUUAAAAUCACACCCAUUACAUAACAACCAUAUUAUAGUACCUACCUAUGUUACUCUAUAUUAAUUUAACAGUUGCUAGGUAUUCUAUAUAAUUUGAGCACUAUUUUUAAAUUAUAAUAAUAACUUGUUAAAAAAUAAUAUUUAAUAAAAUGUUUGCUGCACAUAUUAAUAUUAUUUGUAGGAGAAUUAUUAAUAUUAAUUUUUCAAGCAUGUUCCCAUUUCUUUUUUAGGAAAAGUGUGAAAAAUCACAUCUUCUUGGUAUAGACUGUUGAGUGAAAACCAAAUAAUCAUUUUGAAUGUUUACAUAGAGAAUAUUGUUUUACAUUGUGGACCAUGACAAUAUUUAUGUUUUUUGCGUGUUUUUGGUGUUGUGGCACAAUAAGCAUGACCCAUAAUUAUGGGUUGGCAGUUAUCAAAUACGAAAGUGUAAUCAAAAUUUAAACUCGACGUUUGGUUAGUAAAUUUUGACAAAUCGGGUAAAUCAAUUCUCAAUAUUUUGUAUUUCAUAUUUUCAUCAAUAAUUCUGUUUUCAUGUCCGCCCCGUUACAACGUUUUAUGCUACCACCACCAGAUGUCAGCCACUUCGCUUUCUAUCGCGAAUACCGACCCAGAUCUUAUCACGUUAUCGUGUCAUAUAAAAUAAUGUAAACAAAUCGCCUAAGUCCGCCAUAUUAAGGAACGAAAAAGUUUACAGUUCUAGUAUAGGGAUCAAUUCUUUAUUAUUUAUGGUGAAUAGUUUAAUGUUUUCAAUUUUUGGAUAACAGGCGGUAACGUGGAUUAUCGUGGUUUUCCAUAUUACAGUUAUAAUAUUACUCAUUCAACCAUAUUGUUAGGUGUUACACGGUAUUUUUAUGCACGGUCCAUACGGUACACGGUGCUAGUGUAGUAUCACGAUAGCAAUGAUACUAACAAUUAAAUAUUAAUCAAUUAUUUAAAUUAUUACCUAUACUUCCCAUUUUCCGCUUAUUAAUAUUAGUAUAGUAUUCAUUUUGUUAGGUUAUUUUAUUUAAUUGUCGAUAUCGCAGGCAUUAUUAAUUGCUAUCAAUCAAAUUAUUAUUAUCAUUUAUCUGUUCGUUUAUUAUUUCGAGGGGGGAAUGAGAGAGGAUGAAACCGGUGUAAACAGUUAGCACCAUAGAAAAAUUAAACCCGUGUCGUUAAAUUUUAACACUGGUUAUUCCAAAAAAAAGUCUCAAAUUUACACCGGUUUGUACCAACGAAUUUAUAGACAUAAUACGGGACUCUAUGCCGAUGACGUUAUAAUAAUAUACUGGUCGGCUAAUCGCACGUCAUCCUAAUUUUAUAUAAAACCGAUUAAUUACGGUUAUUAUUGUUUGUAAUGUCCGUACCUUAAUGCUCGGUUGAUUAGGGGAUGUAAACGAGUCCGGCUGUGAUCUGUCACUAGAAUCUUCUUGUCUUGACGACGAAAUCGACGGUCUCGGUAUGGACCAUCUAUACAUCUAUAACAAUAAUAACAGUACACGGUAUUGUAAUAUUAAGCACAUGUACACGGGGAGAUACAAGAAUAAUAUUAUAAAUAAUAAUAAUAAUAAUAAUAAUCAAUAUGUCUAUAAAUAGAUUGUGUGUAGAAAAAAAAUAAAAAAAAAAAUGUACAAAUAAAAAGAUGUAAUUGUAUGAUUGUUGAAGAUCAAGGUUAUUGAUGGGCGUCGCCUAAAAUAAUACACCUCGUCGCGAUAUUCCAUUAUUUGUAAUAAGGAGCUGCUAUAUAAUAUUAAUAUAAUGCUCGGAUGCGGGUUAUGUAAUUUUUGAACCGGAUUUUUUCUGUAGGGUUUCAAGGUUCCGGGUCACGUAUUGUAGUUUUCAAGACUGCAUCUAUUCUAAUAUAUAUAUAUAUAAUUAUUAUUAUUAUUUUUUUUUAAUGAAACCUCCGGUAUCGGGAGUAUUUCAAUAUACGACGGCUACACGCUCGUAAUGCAUAUUUGUUCGCUAUUCAAGUAGUAAAUUCGAUUUGAUUUUUGUCCGAGACCGCGCGCGGUAUUACAACUCGGUCCUUAUGGAUUUUAGCUGAAUAUUGAAUGGAAUUUUACGGACUGUUAUGGUUUUAUUUAUAAUUCGCCACGCGAUCCCGAAAGCCAUUUUUUUUUUUAUUAAAACAUUUAAUUUGAACAUUUUUUUUUUCUUUAAUAAUAAUUAUACGUAAAUAUACACGUGUACAGUUAAUUAUAAUUUUCGAUUAAAGUUUUAAAUAUUUCAAAGUAGAAAUUCGUUGUUCUUAAUAAUAAUUUUUUUUUGAAGUAUUUUAUUUAUUAUAAUUUUACUUUAUAGGGUUUAUAUAUAUAUAUAAAAAUUAAAUAUAUACACAAGAUGAUUCACUAAGCGUGCUCACCGCUUUUUUUUGGUUAAUGGUAGGGAGAGAGUGGUGGAGUACCAUUUGUGUGGCGGCACGGCACACCGUGUUUUAUUAGUGGUCCUCUACUCUCCCUUACCUAAAUUUAAAAGUGAAAUAUAUUGUCAACGGGUUGACGGAAAUCAAAAAUACUCCAUCUAUUUAUGUAAUUUUUAAUAUAGGUUCUCAUUUGAAAAACCAAAGUCGGUGUCACCACAGGAUAUUCCUUAAAAGUUAUGAAAAAUCUAAGUAUUCGAAAAUAUUGGCUUUAAUUAUUCUUAAAAAUUACAAAAAUCAGAAUUUGAAUUUAUACAAAAUUUAACAAAAAAAAAAAAAACAAAAAAUAAAAAAAUGGGAUGAGCAUGCUUAGUGAAUCACUCUGUAUAUAUUUUAUUUAAAAGUACGAUUACGGGUUAUCGUUUCUUUAGUUCAUAGACAUUUGCAACUAACCAUGCAAAUUAACCGAAGUGAUAUUUACGACAGUAUCAUGCGAUAAUAAUAUACCUUAAUGUUAAAAUAUGUACAUAAAAUUGCCAUUUAAAAAAGAUUCAAUUUAUGGUAUGAAUGUUGACUUUCCGUGAUUUUUUUUCGUAAAACUACGUUUAAUAGUAUACCAACAGUUUUUAUUCUUAGAAUUAUAAUUACCUAAACCUACAUAUAUCAUAUAUCAAAUUGCAAAAUUUACAUAUUCAUUUAUUUUACUUUCAGAGUAUAUAGUAUAUAAUGGUGCACAUUUGGUUUCUUAGCCUACAGUUUGAGCUGUAGUUUUUAACGUCGCGAAACAGUUUCUCUGUAAACAUUAUUGUUAAUUUCAUGAUUACACAAUAAAUGCUUGUGAUAAUGACACGGAACUACAUGUAAAUGUAUUCUAAAGUGAUUUAAAUAAUUUUGAGUUGAUCAAAUUUAAUUUUUAUAAUAAUUUCAAAAAAAUUGCCUAUACACAACCCCUUGAUUACAGGAAGUAUAUUGCCUUCUUAAUAAGGUGAUGCUGUUUAAAAUAAUCGAUUAUUUAUAUUUUAUGUUUUCUGUUUAUUAUUUUUCUUGGCAAUUUAUUUGAAAAUGCAUACAUAUAGUAGGUACGAGUGUAGUACUUACGAGGUCUGUUCAAAAAGUACCAGGACAAAUAUUAUUGCGGCUAAUCUAUACAUGAUAACGUUUAAAUUAUAAUUAGAUGUGUUCCCAACGUAUUAGAGAAUAUUUUGAACAAAACAUAAUAUUAUACGUUGUUAAAUCUAUUCAGUUUGUUUCGUUCUCAGUUUUCGUCAUGUCCGAAAUUAACGAACAACGUGUGUGCAUCAAAUUUUGCUUGAAACUUGGUAAAAAUGCAACUGAACGUACACAAUGAUUAAAACUGCUUUUGGAGACGAUUCUUUAAGUCGCUCCGUUACUUUCGAGUGGUUUAAACGUUUCAAGGAUGGUCGACAGUCAAUUAAAGAUGAUCCACGUUCUAUAAGACCGUCGACAUCUAGAAACGAUGAUGUUGUGGCGAACAUUUACGAAAAAGUGCGAAAUUACCGCAGAUUAACUGUUCGCGAGUUAGCAAAUGAAGCAGGAAUUUCAAUUGGAUUUUGUCAUGAAAUUUUAACGGAAAAUUUACAGAUGAGAAGGGUAGCUGCUAAAUUCGUUCCACGGUUGUUGACAUCGGAACAAAAGGAAAAUCGUUUGAAAUAUGGCGAAGUGGAACCUGGUUUCUUCAUCACGACGAUGCGCCAGCACAUUCAGCGUUGUCAAUUCGUGAAUUUUUGGCUGAAAAAAAAAUACGUGUGGUCCUACAUCCUCCCUUUUCACCUGAUCUAGUCCCGUGCGAUUUUUUUCUUUUCCCGAGAAUAAAAUCUGCGUUUAAAGGACAACGAUUUCAAGACCUAGAGGAAAUUAAAGCAAAUACGGCAACAGAACUCAAAGCUAUAACUUUUGAACAAUUUCAAAGGACUUUUGAAAAAUGGCACGAUCGCUGGAACCACUGCAUAUUGUCUGGAGGAGAGUAUUCUGAAGGCGAUAUCUUUAAAUAAUAUGUAACUUCAUUUUUGUAAUUAUUAAAAAUAAAAUCCUGGUACUUUUUGAACAGACCUCGUAUUAACAAUGAAUACCAAGUAUUUUUGCCGUACGUGUGUGUAAUAACAAAUUUGUUCUUAUCAAACCGUGUGUAUUUUUUUUUUAAAUCUAUAUAUUUUAUACAUAGUAGGUACGUUACAACGGUUAGUUAUUAUAUGAAUGUGUGAUAAAUAAAUAAUGUAGUGUAGAUUGAUUGACGGUUAUAGAGUACAGGUUUUGUAUUAUAUAAAAUUGUCGAUGCACGCUGCAGACUAUGCCAUUAAUGAGUUACUUAUGUAACAAUAAUAGUAUAUUUAUAAAUAAGACAAGUGUUUUAGAACGAAAGGGGUUAUUUUACCAUUGUAUUUUAGAAAUGAGGAUAACGCAUAUAUUUAAUAUGUAACAUGUUUCAUUGCCAGUUGUCAUUUUAUCUUUCUAAGAACACGGACAUAUUAUAAUAAUAGAUACCUAGUAUAGUUUUAUUACUAAAAGUCUGUUGUUUUUAUAAUAGAUAUUUAAUAUGUUUAUCCUCAAUAGUGUAUUUGUUAGCUUUAAAUAUGACCAAUUAAAUAGUUUUUGUUUUUUUUUCCUUUGGUUUUUAGACCUCUGAGGACUGUUUCAUAAUUUUAAUACAAUUUUCCAUUCUCUAUCCAUUAGGAGCUUCCAUUAAGUAUAAUUCCACAUCCUUUUUUUUAAUAAAAUCUCAUUUCAUUCUGAGUCUACCUCAGUGUAAUUUUUUUCUACAUUCUGUUUAGAAUAAAUAAAUAAUCAAUUUUAUCAGAUAAUUUUGACUCCCGCAGUCAUUGUUAUCUUUUCCUCUUUGUACUACAUGUACUAUAUUUAUGAACUCUCUAACCCUCUCUAGCAUUCUUCUUUCUCUAUUAUUUGUAUUGUUGGUUGGUCUGAAGAUUUUCCGAAAGAAUUGUUAUCUUAUGUACUUAAAGUAUUAUAAUAAUGAUAUUGCUGAUAUCACUUUUUACCGAUUACCAAUACGUCUUUCAUAUAAACUAAAAAAAAAAAAAAAUUAUCGAUUUUGUGAUAUGUAGAUUAUAAUAUUUGGUAGUUUAAUUCGUACAUUAUCAACUAUUGAGUCUAUACAUGUUCAAAUAAAAAUAAUUGCCCACUAUUUUUUUGAUUUUUUUUAGUAUUAUUAUAUAAUUCUAGAUUCAUAGGAGUGUGAGGAAAUCCUUUGUAGACUUAGAUGCAUUGCUUAUAAAUUAUAUAAUCAAAAUAAGGUAUUAUAUUAUAUUUUAGUCAUUAUGCUUUUAUACAGUUUUUUUUCUGCAAAUUAUAAUACUUUAAAAAUUUAAGUUUUCAAAUUAAUCAGUAGUUUAACUUUUCUACGAUCCCGCAGUGUAAAAAUUUUCCAAAACUUAUGUUGGCUACUCUGUGUCUGUAUUGUAAUUUGAAAAUAGUAAGAAGUGAUCUUCAAUUAUCAUUUUUAUCACUAGACACAUCACUCCGAAAUUAUUUGGCAUAAUUAUUCGGCAUUAAUAAACUUUUCAAUAUACCCACGUUGAUUUUGAAUUUCAUUGGAUUAAAACCGAAAAAAAAAUAUCACGAAACACCAUAUGAUUGAAUUUGGGCUACAAAUCAGGCUUACUGAUUCCAUAAAAUAAGUUUAAGUUCGCUGAUGAAGUUAAUGACUAAAUAAAAGACAACAGCUAUACAAUAUAUCAUGCAUGUAGAUCUUGGGAGAUUUGUUACGAUUUAUAUAUAUAUAUUUGAGCUUGGAGAUAAUUUACCUUGCGCGACUGAUUAAAGAUUAAUUAAUUUAAAACAUAAUUAUAAUUUCGACAAAUUAUAAAAAUAAAUUAUCCUAGAAUUAGGUACAAAAUGUUUAUCUUUAAUAAUGUUAAAAUAUUUAUUAAUUUCACUGCGAUUUAUAAUAUAUUUAUACACAGGUUGUAUUUUUUAAAAAUAAAAUCGAUUUAUAAUUUUAGGUACCAAUAGGUAUGGUUUAUCUGCUAACUGGUUAUACUAACUUCGUUAAUAUACUCGUAUAAUUUUUUAUUAUUUUUUGUUACCACUUACAAUUGUUUUAAAUAUCUUAUUAACACUAUAGUAAAACGAGUUAUGUUUAGAUUUGUCAUUAUUUUUACAUUAUUAAUCUCAAUCUACUGUAAUUACUACUUUUAACUUAUUCUGAGGCAAGCAAAGAGAAACGAGUGCCCCUCCCACCAGUUGAGGUAUCAUAUAAUAAGCAUGUCUGGCGGUUUUUUUUUUUUAUUAUCGAUUUUCAUUAUGUUGCGCAAAUAUAUUGUUUUAUACAUUUUCGUUUCGUUUCGUUUUUUUUUUUUUUUUUUUACAUACAUAUAUAGGGUGAUUCAUUAAGAGUGCUCGCUCAAUUUUUUUUAGUUAAAUUUUGCAUGCAUUUAUUGAAAUCUUGAUUUUUGGAAACUUUAAGUGUAGUUGAAUAGUAAUGAUUUUUAAAUUGUUCGCUACAUUUAAGGAGUAUCCUGUGGCGAUACCAACGUUGGUUUUUCAAAUGAGAACCUACAACGUUUCUGAGUUGAACUAAGGAUAAUGGCUUUUAAUGGAAAUUGGAUACCGACCGUUUCAUAGGAGUUGUGUAUAAACAAUUUAUUUAAACUAAUACUUCAUUAAUUUCCGGAAUUUUCAAUAUAGAUUAUUAUUUCAAAAACCAACAUUGGUAUCGUCACAGAAUACUCUUUAAAUGUUGUGAGAAUUCCAAGUAUACGAAAAUAUCCUUUUUAAAUAUACUUAAAAAUUAUAAAAAUCAGAAUUUGUAUAUAUGCAAAAUUGAACUAAAAUAAUGGGAUGAGGACCUAACCUUACCUAUUGAAUCACCCUGUAAACUCAAGAUGUCUGUGUUGUAUGUUAUUGGUAUAAAUUAUUUAUAUAUUCUCAAUAAUUGUAAGUCAUUGACGUAGGUAUGAAUAUUUUUUGUGGAGGAAUAAAUAAUUUGUUGGGUAAACGUCGUUUGAGGGCAUUCCACACCCCUCCAUAAGAUCUGUUAAAAAAUAAAUUCUGAGUGUAGUGUCUAGUUUCUCUGUUUUUUUUUUCAGAAAACAUUUUUUUGGUUAUUAAAAAUACUUCCAUUUUUUCAUGUCACCCAUAAAAAUAUUCAGAUUUUUCUUUAUGAUGAUUCUUUUAUAAUAUUUUUCCCAAUAAAUUGCACUUUAUGUUUUUUUUAAAAGGUUUUUGGAGGGGAUCUAUCUUCAUUAUCCCCUCCAUUACUGUUGUAAGUAUACAAUUAAAAACAAAAUUUUAAAUUUUUUUUACCUAAUUGUACAAUUUGGACAAGGUAAAUAUUAUAUAUUUUGGUAUUUAUUUUAGACUCUGAGUGAAUUAUGAUGUAAACAAUUUGUCUACAAGAAAUCUUGCUCCUGUCAUUAACUUAAAGAGUGGUUUUUGGUAGACAAUUUUGUAUAAUUUUUUCGUAUUUUUUGACGCUGUAACGGUAUUUGCAGCCUCCGUUUGUCUAAUGGGAAGUAUAGAAAAAAUGCUGUUUUCGUACUUCCGAUAGUACUCAAGUUCAAAAGUGCUAUGAGAUCUAAUAGACUUCAAAAAUAAAUUGUUUCACUAAAUUAAAUACGAAAGCAUUUGCUAUGGUUUUACAAAGGAAAAAUGUUUUGAUAUUUAAUUUACCGACAAUUGUACAAUAAAUCGAUGAUAAUAAUAAUAUACCUACUUAUUAAUUUUUUUUUUUUUAAUUUUAAUAUAAAAAUGUACAAUAAUAUAAAAAAUAUCCCUUUGCAAAAACAGUAAAUAUUGUUAUUUUUAAUAUGAUGAAAUUAUUUUUGUUUUAAAUUUUAAGUUUGUUUGAACCUGAGUACUAUUAUAGGCAGGAAAACACAUCUUUGCUAAUUGUCCGUUAGACAGACAGAGACGAUUGAUAAAUGACUUCCUAAAAAAACGUAUAGAGUUUAUAAAUUAAAAUAUUAUACGUUUAUUUGUAAUCUAUUGGAACAAUUUGCCUAUAUUUUUUUAGUACUUAAUAUUAUCGAGUGUAAUUUUCAGCUUAUAUUUUUUCUGUGUUUAAUAAAAAGUAGAUUUUAAUAUUUAUGGAGGUGUUUGUAUUGGAAUAUUGACAGCAGUUGAAAUUGUGGGCGGGACAUAUAACUAUAACAAUCAAAAAUUUGUGCCGUAAUUCAAACAUAUGUAUAUAUUUUAUACCCUAGAGGUAAUUUGAGGUAAAGUUGCAUUAUUCGUUGUAGGUACACGGAUACAAAUCCGGAUAUGAAAAAUCUACAGAGUUCAAAAGAUCUGGUUUCGGUGCAAGGUCACAUAAUUUUAUAGUUUUCUGUAAUAAUAUAUUUUAUCAAGGUAUUUUCUAAAAUCGUGUCAAUUUAGAUGCUAGUGCAUAGUCAUAAUUAUUAUUAUUAUUACCACCACAUAACUGAUCUUAUUGAAAAUUGGAUUUUAUUGACAUUUUUGAAAACGUAACCGCAUUUAUAAAUAAUUUCUGUAUUGAUAAUUUGUAUAUAGGUGUGUAACUUUACAACACAAGUAUAGUGGCGUAGGUAUACGCAUCAAGGAUUUCUUAGUCAUACCCAGACGAAUUACGUUGGUAUUAAUUUACAAAUGUACUUUUGUAGUUUGAUAUGCGAAUUUUUAAAAUGAUUCAACACCAUUAUUCAAAUUUUAAAAUUGACUCAUUUCUAUAACUUACAGGUUGUGCAAGUUUAAAUUAUUUUAAUUAGUAUACUAUGUAAGUAUAAGUGUGUGUAUAGUUAGUGUAAAGGAAACGGGAGCAGAUAUUCUAUUGGAAUUUGCUAUUUUUUCUAGAAAUUAGAGUUUAGACCACUUACAUUUUUUACGUUAUUUAUUAAAUAUAGAUCCAACAUAUUUUGUGUUUAUUUAAAAUACGAUGUACAUUUAGUCAGUUCGUUUAUGAUUUUUUAGGGGUACAAAUCCGAUUGUCAUCCGUAAAAUCAUGGUCAUUGAUUUCACAUAAAUUGAUCCACACGCGUCUUAAUUUACAGUAAAAUAUUUACUUAAAAUAAUUGUAUUUCUAUUGAAUAAAAUAGGUAAUUACACUAUAUAGAGUGUCUUACAGUGUUAUCCCUAUGCUAAUAAUUCUAUCAGUAUUCAAUUUUUUUUACAUUUUUUUUAAUCGGGUUUUGUGCGAGGGGGAUACACGUGUAGAGAAAAAUUAAAUUUUUAUUUUAGUAAAUUGACGUAAAAAUAAUUAUAAUAUUUAAUAGAAGAUAAGGAAUUACCGUGUUAAUUGUGAUUUCUUAUUGCGUAACAUGCUAUUUUUAUUGAAAAUUAAUAGUUUUCACCCAAAUUUUCUAGAAUUUAAAACGGAUAUUACUAAGAAACUAUUAAUCGGAUGUGAAUGUAUGAUACAGUUGAAUUUUUGAAAUAACAUCUUUUACAAAAUGGUUAUUUUGAAAAUUGUAUAAAGUGGAAAAAUACAAAGUUUUUUUUUCAUUAAUUAAGGGAUGAAUAUAACAAUUAAAUAUUUAUUUAUAUAUGUGUUCCUCUCGCACAAAACCGGCUGAAAAAAAAUGAGUCUUAUAGAAUAUUAACUAUGAAUCUUUAUUUUUUGGAAAUUUUUUAAAGCUAUUUUUUAAAUAUUUUAUUUAGUGGUCGAACAAUAUUAUUUUAAUGCAAAAUUCUUUGCUUGAGAGCGAUUGAAAGUUUUUACAAAUUGAGUAGCACACGCAACUUUUUUAUUGUACAUUUUUCUCUGCAUAUUUAUAUGAACGAAUUGUUAAAUUAUAUAUUUUAAACAAUAGGGUUUAACUGAAAUAUUUCAGUCACGAAUAAUAUGCAUUAUGCACUAAAACCUUUUAAUUUCCGAAUGCCUACGUAAAUGUGAAAAUUAUUAUAGUGAUUAUUGAAAGUUAAAUACAUAAUGGUUAUGAAAUUUACGUUUUUCAUUUAGGUACCUGGUACCUACCCUUAUAAUAUCAUUCAUACGUACUCUGCAUUGUUAUUAUUUUUGUGUUGUAAAUAUAGUAUGAGUAGAAGCCAUACGAAAUAAAUAAAGUAAAUAAGUAUGAGUAAUUAUACAUAUUAUGAACAUUUCAAACGAUCCCCAGAGAAUUAUUUCUAAAUAUUUUAAAAUUUAUCCAAAAUUGGACAAACAUUUUAAAUGUCUAUACGUUUUUUCUGUUGAAUUUACAUUCUAGUAUAUAUAAAUAUAUAAAGGGUAAUUUUUUUUUAUCAUCAACUAUAAAUUAUCUCGGAGAAUUUUAAGUGAAUUUGAUAUUUGUUUUUUUUUUUUUACUGUGGAAUCGCAUAAGCUUUAUUUUAAAACUAUUUUAAAUUUUUUAACCCUAUUCCAUGUACCUUAUAUAAGUAUAAACUUUUGUUUUUCAAAUAAGAAUUUCAGUAUAAGUUAGAAUAGAGUACCUAUAUUUUUCUAGAAAUUGUAUGUAUAACACUAAUAUCAGAAUUUACCGUUUAAUUAGUUAUAAUCGUUUAAAGUUUAGACUGUAGGAGUAGAGUUAUAGGAUAAAGUAAUCAAUGUAUCAUUUAUAAAUUGACAUGUAAUUUAUUAUCUUUCCCUACUCUUCUGGUCUAAACUUUAAACGGUUAUAAUUUAGGUAAAUUAAAUUGGAUAUCACAAUGUUAUGCAUAACGAAAUUUCUAGACAAAUAUUACUCUUUCGAAUCUGCGUUCUAAAAAGUGGGGUGGGGGGGGUUCUUAUUUGAAAAUCAAAAGUAGAUACUUAUUUAAGGUACAUGGAGUAGUGGCAAAAAAUUAAAAAUGAUUUUAAAAUAAAGCUUAAAAAAAUUCCAUAAUUAUUAAAAAAAAAAAAAAAUAGAAAUCAAAUUCACUUGUAAUAUAAAGGUGUAUACUUUCAUUUGUUGUAAAAAGCAAUAACUCGUUAAGAAUAGUUUUCGCAUGCAUUAUUUAAAUUGUAUUAUAUUAUAUAGUUCAGCGUAAUAUUUGCUAGAUUUACUUACAUCGAUUACGGUGUCUCGGUUAAUAUCGAAAACGCUGCCUAGUUUUGGACUCAUAGUUAUUUAAAAAAGAAAACUUCCUGCGACCGUGGACUUUGCUUUUUCAAAAUUAACUAUGCGCACAUCACUGUAGACACUCGUUAUAAGGUAGUGGUGAAGUUAUCGAUAAUUCCUGUUGGCCGGAGAAACAUCACAUGCGCCGUCUAAUAUCGUGCACGAGUAUUAUAUAUUAUAAUCGUCAUCGUAAUAAUAGUAGUGCUAAGACAUCGAAUACGUAUAGAGUGGGAAUAUCCGUUAGUCCUGACACUUGAUAUUGAACUUCAAAUACGCGAAUUCGUGUUCCGCGACCUCUACAAUCCGCUAAAAAUGUUUAUCCUGUACAAUACUAUAUAGUAAUGUACUAUAGAUAAUGUUUGUUUGUUUAAUGUUUUUAUAUUAUGUGCUUUUUAUCUCAAAACCCAGCUUAUGUACCAUGGUCGUACAAGAAAAGAAGUAUGGGUCCCGGGUCUUUUAUUUUAGCGGAAAUUCGAAGGGAUAACACUUAAAUAUAUUUUAAUAUAUUUCUACAUAUACAUAUUUUUUGAUUUCUGAGUUCCCUUGGCUGUACACGGACGAAAUGAAAUCUCCUCAUUUUUUUGUACAUUUGUAUGUUACUGACAAGCAAUUCGUUAUAAUGGAUCAAAGGACGGGAUUUGUAAAAAUUUAAUUAUUUGUUAUUUUUCAAUAAGGAACCAAUGGUAUGCAGUGGAACAGUCACGUAAACUCAUUGAUGUCAAUUACGGUUUUAUGUUUAUUAAAUAUAAUAACAGUUUGUAAACGUAAGUGUGAAAACGAAAUAAACGGAGGGUCAAAUAAUUUUUUUUUUUAAAAAAAAAGAAGAAAGAAAAAGUAGUUUUAAAGUCUAUUACUAAAUAAUUAGUCUAUUGCCGAGCAAAUUUUAAUUUUCUGUACAACAAUGCGUACAAUUUUAUUGGUAGUUCCGGGUAUACUGUUCACGUUAUAUAAACGUUAAAUUAUACUUAUUUAUAUUUAUGUAGUGGCGUGCUCCUCAGCUUUUCCUAUGGGGGAUGGGGAUGAACUGUAUUUUGUUUUGUUGAUAGUCGUAUACACAAAUAUACAAAAUGUACUUAUCUACGUAUAUACAUUGGCAUUUAAAGAGUAAGUAGUUAGGUACAAAUUACAAUGUUAUUAUAUAUACAUACCUUUUUUUUUAUACUAAUAUUUUAAACCUCUUUUUUCAUUUAUAGGAAACUUAAAUUUUGACAAUGGUAUCCAUACAUUUUUAAGUGCCUAAAUAGUAAAAGACAAAAGUUAUGUACAUUAGAUAGUAGGCUGUAAAAACUGAUUUUUUUUUACCUGAAAUAAAGUCUAAACUUACAGUCAAUUUAUCAACAUCUGAUAAUCUAAGGUUCAAAAAUAAGCUUACAUCGUUUACAUACAUACUGUCAGUUUUAAAAAUAUUUAAGCAAUUAAGUAUGUGCAUAAAUAUAAAAGUUUUAUUAUAGCACAGUUCAAAACUGUAUAUAAACUAUAAAUACUAUUGAUAAUAUAUUAAUAAUGUAUGAAAUGUUUAGGUUAUUGAAACAAUAUGCAUUUGAGUUAAUUUCAAUCGAUAAUUUACGUAUCAAAUAAUUGAAAGAAAAAAACCAAUAAAAUCUGUAGUUUUAAAUUGUUAUUUAAUCGUAUAAACGUAAAUAAAAAGUAGUUAUAUUAAAUAUUAUUGAAUUGUGAAAUCUGAGAACUAGAACAUUUUUAAGUAUAGUUCAUAUUAGUGAAGGUUAUAUUUUUGUUUUGAUUAUAUUUUCGAUUACUUUGUAGUCGUCAAUUGUUAGAGUUUCAGAAUAAUUUGUAAUUUUUAAAUUAAAGUUAAAAAACUAUAAAAACAGUAUUUAUACGUAUAGGUAUUAUAUGUAUAAGCUUAAUGAUGUUGAUGUAUUUUCAAGGAAAUACACUAUAUUGUUUUAAUUUAAAUUGUUUUAAACAGUUUUGGUCGAUCAACGAAAUAUAGUAUUAUUUAUAUAUUGUAUACUUAUAGAUACCUAAUUUAUUACAAUAUGUUAAAAACAUUAUAAUCAAAAGUUAAUUUCAUUAAUGUUUUGAUUAAUUUGAUUAUUUAUUUGACAUCCAUGUUGAUAAAUUUGCAUGUUUUAUCGAAUAAAUGGAAAAUUAAUAAAUUGGUUACACAAAUAUUUAGAAUUGCAUAUAUUAGAAAUUACGAAAUUUCAUUCGCCAUAUUAUCUUUGUGCAUACCUAUAGGUAUUUUUGAUAGAUUUUAAUCUAAUGCGAACAGUUGAACUGACAAAAGUGAAGUUAGCUCUACGAAUUGGGGUAUCUGCAGUGUACACAUGUAAUGUGUUCAAAAAUUAAAAAUUGUAUGCUAUUAUUUUUCACGGGGGUUUUCGGGCAAUAGGGAGAAAUCCUAAGAAUACUGAACACAGAUGAAUAUUUAUUCGUUUUGUGAGGUGGAUUUUUUUUUUAAGAUUAAAAUUUAAAAUUUGUCUUUAUGUAUUUCCUAUUUAUUACAAUAUUACGAAAUACAUUGUAAUAUGUAUAUUCUUUCCGAAUUUUUCUCGUUUAAUGUAUACGUAUUAUAACCACAUUUAAUGUAAUAUUAUAAAACAAACGGUUGAAAGAUAUUUAUAUGACAAAAAAAAAAAAAUCAUUAUAUAAUACCUAUAAUAAAUUAAUUCCAUCAACGUGAACCUCUCAGUGUGUAUAAUACAAAAACCUGUUAGUCGAUAACCGAGCAGCUCGUUUGCUUUUGAAAAUUGAUCAAAAUCUCCUUAAUUAAAUAUAUUAUAUAAUGUCUGGGAGACGAGAUACACGAGAUUAUAUUACUUUAUAAUCUUUUAUUUACAUUUUAUAACAGUUUCAGUACAUUUAUAUCCGUAUUAAAAAAUAUUUUAAUUAGACGUAUGUUUAAAAUAAAAGGUUUUUUUUUUUUAUUUAUUACUUAAACAGGUACAGCAUUGAUUUUAAGAGCCUCUCAAUGUUUUUCAAAGCGCAAAAUUGCAUAUUAUUUUUACGUAGGUUCUUUUAGGUCGUAAACUUCUGGGCCUUAAAUAUUUAUAAAAUCUAAAUUAAUAUCAUAUGAUAUGAAACAAUUAUUAUGAUGAUGUUCAUCUUUGUGUUGGUUUUCAUAUUCUUAAAAGGAAACAAAUAUUUUAAUAUUUUUUUUUUUUUAAGAUGUUAUUAAAGAAUACACGUGUCAAUGUUUUACAUUAUUUAUACUAAAAAGGACAGACGCGUGUCCAUAAAUUGUUUGAAAAAACACGUUUAACGCGGGUGAGAACCACGCAGGUCAAGUGUAAUUUGUAAUUACGAAAUUGAAUUUAUACUCAACAUUUAUUCUAUGAUCUAGGAGUUCAUUUUUACUGUUUCGUAGUGUUUUAAUUUUUUGAUGUCACUAUGACACUAUAUAAAUGACUAUGACUAUAUAAAAAUUAUUAUUGUUUAACAAUUUCACAAAAAAAAAAAAAAAAACAAAUAACAUUUUUCCUAAAAUCUGUAUUAUACUAUUUUUAGCCGUAAUGUUUUAUUUGAUUAUGAUUGCUCAAUAAAAUGUUUACUUGUGAAUAUAAGUCGCGAUAAUGCCAUGGACUUGUAAAUUUAUUUGAAAGCGGAUUUCAAUAUUUUCGAAUUAACAAAUGUAUGACUUUUCGUUAAAAUUGCCUACACGUGACCGCGUAAAUACUGGUUAAGUGCGACGUCAUUUUAGGGGAUUAGUGACUGUGUGUACUUAAGUCGAUUUAAACCUAAAAGUCAAAUAAAACUAUAGAAAUUCCUGUGUUUAACGGAUUUCAAUAUUUUUAAAAACCGAUUGUUAUUCUUUCGAUUCUUUAUUGAAGUAUGUCGGAAUUAGAAAUUAAUAUUUCUUGCUGGAUAUCGUAAAAAAAAUUAAUUGUAUUUUUGAAAAUGUAUAUAAAUAUGUGUGAUAGUAAGCUCCGACACGAAUAAUAUACACCUACAAUAUCUAAAUUUUUACACGAAAACAAUCAUAACCCUUACAAAUAACAAAUUUCCUUCCCACUUUAUUCAGACUUAGAACUGAGAACUAAGUUGGUGUAAUUAAAAUUUGUUUGGUUUUGUGUUUUGUAUGUUUGUUAAAAUAGUAUUUUUUAAAAAAUAAUUCAAUUUUUAAUCGAAUCUAGUCAUUAUCGUAAUUUGUUAUGAAUGAAAUUGCAUAAAAUCUAAAUUGUAAUACAUAAUUACAUUCUUUGUGGCUUAUUGCGAAUGCUCAAACACUUCACAUAAUCAUAAUCGGAACAUUUUCUUUUCAUGUCGGAACUUAUGUGCGGGUAUAUUAUUUUUCGUGUUGGAACUUACAUAUGUACCCACUUACCUGCUUUUUUCGUAUGGUAACUUACCGAACCCCAAAUAAAGUAUGUUAUAUUUUACCUAUAUUGAAAAGAAUUGAAAUUUAAAAAAAAAAUGGCUUCAAUAUAUAUACUUUCACAUAGUAAAGAAUCUUAAGCUUUUUUAAUCUAACCUUCUCUAACUUUUAUGUCUAAACAUAAUUUAUUUGUUUUUUCACUUGAAAAGUAUUUGAUCAUAAUUAUACCGACUUGUGUCCGCGAGUGCGUAAAUGUAAACGUACUUGUAAAAUAUCAGACUAACGGUUUAUGAUUUGUUAUAAUUUAAAAACUUUACAUGUGACACGAUGCGGGCGAGACGAUAAAUAUUAUUUUUUAUUUUUGAAACUCGCCUCUCUUCUAAAUAUUUAUAUAGCUCGGUUGACUCUGUUGAUCAGCCUUAAUUUUAGGGAGAUUUUCAUUGAAUUAUAUUGGUUUAUUAAAACAUUUUACUGUUUUGUUUAGUUAUUAUUUAUUAAUAAUAAUAUAAUUAUGGCUUAAUUACGAUUAAGAUAAUUGAGAAAAUUAAGACGAUGAUAGUGUUACUAAAAUACUCCUGUUCAGUUAUUAUAAUAACAUUAUUAAUUUGAGAUUGAUCUUCAGUAUAUCAUUAUAUAAUAUUUAUUACCUACUGUUUGUUCAUUUAACUUAUAUGUUAUUAUUAAUUUACAUUAAGCUGUGAUCUGUUUCAAUUUUUACGAAAAAUUAUAGAUUAGCUGUUAACAGUAAAUAUUAUUUUUUUUAAUCUAUAAACGAUAAGCUAAUUAAUUUGUAUAAUAAUAUUUUAUAAGUAUUGUCUAUAUACUUUUAAUGUAUUAUAAUUAUGUUUUGGUUAUUUUUUUCACGUCAUAAAAACGUGAUUCAAAAGAAGAACGUGACAUUUAUGGACAAAUGUGUUUUUUGUUUGUUUAGAAUUGUUCAUUUUUUUUCUCGUAAUUAUCAAACCCUGGUCACGUUAUUAAUUUCAGUUAGUUGUUCAUAUUCAUCAAUUGUGGUUUGUUUUCAAAGAAACUCCAAAAAGUUUACCCUUUGUCAAUGUUGGUGUCGCAAUUAUUAACAAAAAGCAAAAAAGUUGUCGGUUAAUUUAAUCAAUUAAUUUUUUUUAAUAAUUUUUAUUUGAACAUUUAUUUGAUAGUAAACUUAAUUUUUAUGAUGGUUAAUUUUUUUUUAAAUAAUUGUCACUAAAUAAUUAUUUAUUUUUAAGAAAAAAAAAAAAAAAAAUACUAAAUUGGUAGAUUGUAAAGAUUUUUAGCUAUAUUUACAUUAAACAAAAUAAAAAUACGGACAUAUUUUGUACCGUUAGCCUUUGUAGUAGCAGAUUUAAAAUGCAUAGGAUAUAGAAUAAUUUAAAUUCAUAUAGAUACUGAACGCAUUGAUAAAUUAUUUCAAUCAAAAAACGAUUCUGAACGGAGUAGAUUUAGUAUUAUUAUUUAUUAGUAAUCGUGUCUUUUUCCCUUGCAGCCAAGAUAACCGAAAUAUCAAUACAAAUAAAACAGAUCUAUCGACAUUUGUUGUCCGUUUUAUUAAUUUUAUAAACAAAACUGUUGAGAAAUCUUGAAAAAUCCGCAUCUUAAAUGAUCUACGACGAUGCGAAUAACUUGUAGCAUUUUUGCUAACUUAAAAAGUGUUUUGCGAGAAAAUAAACGAAAUAAGGACUGUUGGAAAAUGCCUAAGUUGUUUCAAGUGAAGUGUACCAUCGGUCGAAAUUCCGCGUCUUUUAAAGUUUUGUGUGAAAAGUAAAUCAGAAAAGUGUAAAAAAAAGCAAAAUACAAUUUUCCGGGAAAAAUAUUGGGAGUUUCUAAGAAUUUUUCAAAUAAAGUACCAUCUGAUAUUGUCUGUAUGGUUCUGUAUGAAAAAAAAGUCGUUCUCUACCAACCCAAAAAGUAGGUAUUUCCCGAGAGAAAAAAACAACACAUUAUGAUAACUAUUUUUUAAUAACUAAUAUUCUCGCUACACUCGGAAUAUAAAAUAAAGGCUUUCGUAUUUUAAUAAACUAUGAAUCCUUUGUUAUAAUCGUACUAAAGAAUUUGUGCAAAAAUUAACUAUACCAUUCCCCCUCCCCCUUUUGAAUCGCAUGUACUGCGCAAAGACCGCUCGGCGGACGGUUACUAACCUGUAAUUACCUUGAACUAUAUAUAGUUAAAAAAAAAAAAAAAAUCAUUGUAAUUGUACGGACGAAAUUGGAGGAAUGUUAAACCGGUGUAUAAUAUUAAGUAUUAUACAAAUACCGCCGUUUAAAACGGAUAAACUUAAUGUUUAAUAAUAUUUUAUUUUUAGGUAGUUAUGUUAGUGAUGGUUGGUAAGUAUCCGCGUCUUAGUAUCGUGUAUCUGCUGAUAUUGAGAACAUCGGAUAUUUGCAGGAAUAUCAUUUUUCAAAACCGAUAUUAUCGGAGAAAAAACGUUUUACAGAUAGAAAAUAUCGGUAUACGAUCAGUAGUUUAGUAUACCGAUUGUCACUAUGUAUAUUUCUUAUACAGUGAUUAAUUGUGUUAUUAAUUAAUUAUUCAGCCAUUCAGUUUAAUCUAAAAAUAUAUAUAAUACGUGGCCUUGUGAUAACGUUUUAUAUAUGGUCAAAUUUAUAAUAAAUUAUCAAUUAAAUUGUAAUAAUAUUAUACCGAAUACGUUUUGUGAUUGGUAUUGUUUUUGAAUUGUAUAUUGAAUCGUUAAUUUUUCAUUAGUUAUUCGUUUAUUCGCAAUAAUAUGGUGCUAAUAUUUAUUUGACGAUUUUUUUUUUUUAGAUUCGUAGAGUAGCGAUAAAAGUAUUGUUUUUACAAUGGCGUUUAUUAUUAUUAUUAUUAUUAUUUUUUUUAUCUGUGAACAACUUUUCUAUCAGAAAUCUUGCUCCGAUUUGUAGUACCCUGGAAGUUUUAUCUGGAUUGUAUUUUAAAGAGGUCUCAUUUUGAUUAUUCAAACGGUUUUCAUAAUAUUUGGGGAUAAACGGAAAAAUGCACGUACCUGUAUAGUAGAAACUUCGCUCCGAAUCGUUUUUCGUUGGCAACGGUUUAUCGUCGCCUAUAUAGAUAUAAAUUAAAUUCCCCUUUAUAUUCUAACUUCCCGACUUACAACAAUAACCCACCCAUCGUGCGAAGUAUGUCCGUCCUUAUAGAACGUUAAUUUAGUAUCGUUAAUACCGUGUUCAUUUACGGCGUGACGGUAUAAUAAGUAUGAGUACAUAUUCAAAAAUAACGUUAAAAUGCGGACAGCGAACAGUGCACGGCAUCAAUAGCGAAAAAUCUCACAGCAGAGCCACCUUUACAAGAAAUACAAUAAUUAUUAUAAGCGAUAUUUAAUGUUGCGUGUGCGGAACUUUGCGUAGGUCUCUGCGCCGUAUACGGUUCUAAGUGAAUUCGGUCGAAUAUAAUAUUGUAUAGAAGUCGUUAUAUCGGUGCGUCUAUACCACAAUGGUGAAUAAUAAGAACCGCGGACGAAAAAGUAAAAUCCUGAAAUGUAUAUGCUGCAUGUGCGUUUUGUUUGUCGUUCCUUGUAGUUUUUCAGUCAAUCGUAUAAAUGGAUUUUUUUUCAUGAUCGUUAUGGAAAUCCCUAUGAUCUCUCGCGUGCCUGCGAGACGAGAUAUCAAGGCCGCGGGAAAACUGUCAUGACGACAACAUUUACCGUGGUGAUGUUAUUAUGAAUAUCUUAUGAAAAACGUAUACGUUCUUUAUUAUCGGUCACGACUCUUUUAUAUUUUGAUAGUGACGGUUGGGUUUUAUAGUACCUGUAACGCAGUAGACGAGAAAACACCUGGGAAUGCCAGAAAUAUCGCGAGAUUCAACGCUGUAAUAUCAUUUUAAAUUAUUUUUUUUCUUUUUAGUUUGUUCAACUGUCUAUUGAUAUACCUACACAAGUUUUCAUGCGGGUACUUUAUUAUUAUUUUUUUUUAAUUUUGUGUAUUAAUUAUGGGCGCCUGAUGACAAAAUGAGUCUUUUCAGUAAACAUAUCUAGGCGACGAGUGGAUCACGUCUUGCAUUAAACAUAAUUAUAAUAUCUACGUCUUUACAAUACAAGACGAUUCUAUUAUCACGAACCAUUUAACGUUAGUUUACAUUUUAAACUGUUAUGUAACUGGUAAUCAAAGUCUUAAACACGUAUCUAACAUACAAUAAUUGCAUUUUGUAUCUUAUUGUAUCGAGUAUCUAAAUACUAAUUCUUAAGUAUCUAGCCGAUAGACGUCCGAAGAUGGAGGCAAGCUGAGUCGUUUUUUAUAAAUUUGAUUUGCGUUUGUGACAUAUAGAAUACAAUUUAAAUUUUUAGUAAUAUUGUAAAUAAUGUCAUGGUGUUUAUACCCGCAUUUUUUGAUGUCCGAUUAAAACCAAAAUAAAAUUUACUCGUUACUAUUUAUCUUCUUGGAUAAUCGCUGAUUACGUUGGAGAUUGUUUUCAAAUUUUAAAAUAAGAAAAUCGAUAAUGUUUUCUGCUUACUAAUACAACAAUAGAUAAUAUUAUGUUUAUAAAAAAGGAUUUGCAACGUAUACAGUAUUUUUUUUAGCCAUUCGUAUAAUAUAAGUAACGUUUGAAAGAGUAGUUUUGGACAACCCUAAAGUUUUUUCUGGAGAUUUCUAACAGGAAUUGUUUGCUUAUCUUAUUCUGGCGAGUGGUUAAAGGUAUUAGGAGUAGGUCGUAUUAAGGGUAUAAUAUGAAUACGAUUUCUUUUCUUUCCGAGAAUAGGGGAUUUCAACGGUUCAGAAAUGAUUCAGUGUAUUAUGUAAAAUAUGCUGAAUACUAUGGAAAGUGAAUUACAUAUAAAAAAAAAUCGUGAUAUUUUCGAAAGAAAAAAAAAUUGUCGACUAAGAGUCACAUCGUGUUGUAUUUUAUAUAAUAGCGUAUCUAUUUAAAUUAAUUCGCGAUGUAAUAUCAAAAUAAUAUAUACACACACACACACAUAUAUAUAUAUAUAUAUAUAUAUAUAUAUAUAUAUAAAUAUACCAGAUAGGUACCUAUUAUUUUGAUAUUCUUAUGAUAUUUUACUGUAUACAAUCACAAAUAAAAUAUUGUAAAUAAUGACGUCUAAAUGAUGACGUUUAUAAUAUGAAAAUCAAUAGUUGACAAAUACUCCAGUAAUUCCUGUACUUAUUAUGUUUUCGAGAGAUUGUUUGAAAGACUUACGAUACAAUAUAUAAUAUAAUAUAAUAUAUAAUAGUUAGUGUACUAAUGAAUAUUAAAAUCAAAAUAACAAUAAGUUAAUAUAAUAAUAAGUUGUUCGUUAAGCUUGAUAAUGAGAAUUAUACAAUUCUUUAAAAUUGAUGAAUAGAAGUUAAGUUAAUUGGAGAUAUUUGAAAUAAUAUUAUAUACUUCGGUGAAUUCAUCAGACAUUUUUCAGGGAGGUGGGAGGUUGAAAGGCAUGUAUCACAAAAUCGUUAGUUGUUUCCUCACAUCAACAUCAGCUAAAUUAAGCAUUUUUUUUUUUUUUUUUUGUUUAGGUUUUUAUAUUUUUAACAGCGUCCAGAGCAAGAGGGUAGACACGAUGGUCUCCCCAAUUCGUAACAUGAUCCCGAAUAUAGUAAAAAUAAAAAUAAAAAUUAGUUAUACGAUAAACAAAUGUAGUUUAUCCAAAACUAAAUUUUUUUUACGUGUUAUACAAAUAUUAUUGUUGAAAUAUUUAAAAAAUUAAUUUUUUCGUGAAAAUUUAAACAAAAAAAAAAAAAUGAAAAAGCCAUACAAUUUCGGUGGCGUUAUUUAUGGGUGGGGAGGCAGCCCAGGAGUAAUGGAUCCCUACAGAACCAAAAAACUCAAAUCGGAUUCAUUGUCCUGUAGUUGAGUAAUAACUAUACAAAUUAUACAUAAUAUAGUCAUGUUGCGCUGUUAUAGGUAUCCAAGAUGCGGCUAAAUAUUAAGUGCCAUAAAAGCCAAGGUACCUUAAGACUUUAACGCACGGAAAAACUAAUUAUUGUUGGAUUAUAUAUAGUUAGGUGAUUAGACGAUUGGAUUUUCCUUGCAUAUUAUUUAACAUUGAACUCCUCCAAAAAAUGCCCAGAUACAGAACUAUUGUAAACUUUGCCCCCCCCCCCUCCUAAAAAAAAAGUUUAAAAGACGCCACUGUACAAUUUUAUUUAGUUUUUACUGUUUUUAAUAAAACAAAAACAAACAUAUUAUUGUGUUAGGUAAUUAGCUGCACAAUAAUUCAUUAUUAUCCGAGUAUAUUAUUAUAAAGGUAGUCUUUAUAUCCAUACCUAAAUAGAAUUUAAGUACAGUUUUGAAUACGAAAGAAUUCGACUUAAUCAAGUUCUAAGAUUUAUUUUUUAUUUAAUCCAACAGUCGUUAACGCAUGUAAUGUUCAAAUGUUACGCAACAUGAUAGCAUAGGUAAUUUUGUAACUUAUAAUACCCAUGUGUUCUAUAUAUUAACCUUGAAAUGUUCUGCAAGACUGAUGAUGUGUGGCGAUGUCUGUUUUAAGAGAGUACAUAAAAUUCAUUCACAUUGAUUAUGUAACAAAAUAAAAAUUUUAAUAAUAAUAGGUUUCGGGUUUUUUUUUUAAUGUUUCUUAUUAAGCAUCGUUAUUUUUUCAUGAUUAUAGCUCAAGAUCCCGUCUAAAGCGGCGUUCAAGUUAAGACCGCGCGACGUGAUUGUGAAUUUGAAAAAGAAACAUAUUUGCGUCGGAAUAAAAGGACAACCGCCGAUAUUGGACGAUGACCUACCACACGAAAUCAAACUCGAGGAAACCACGUGGCUACUCGAAGACGGAAAGACAUUCCUAAUCAAUAUUGAAAAGGUAUAUAAUAACUAUAUCAAUCGGUUUAUCGUGUUUUUCAAAAUCCGGCUUUAGGUUAUCAAUCGGAAAAUGAUUGAAGUGGUAUGUUUCUUUUGUAUAUUAUGUACCUAUCAUAUGUGUAAAAAAGAUAUUACGUAUAUAGAGUAUUUCAAUUUUGGUGGAAUGCGUGUAAAAAAAAAAACUUUAAAUAUAUUUUUUUGUCUUAGUCUUCAUUCUAUUAUUAUCAUUCUGGCCUUCCAUUCAUUUGCAAAAAAUCAUUUAAUCUACAUAAUUAUUAAAAACUGCGGUUUUCGAAGAAUCAUUUAUCUUGUCAAUUUACAAGGGACUUUUUUUUUUUGUGUCAUUUUAAUAUUAUGUCGUUUAUUAUUAGACAUAUUGUGUAAAAAUUUCCUUUUUGUUUCAAUAAGCAUAUACAAAGCAUGUUAGUUAUAAAUUGUCAAUAUUUUCGUCCAUUGGUUUUAUAUUUUCCAUGAAAUAUAACGGAAAAACCUUUAAUGUUGUACACAACUUUUUAUUCGUUUACUGUUGUCGGCAAAACUAACGCACCGAAAUGAUCAUCAUAAACCCGGAUGAACACUUCACCUCGAAAAACAUACAAAUUAUACCAAACAAUUAAACAUAUAUUUUCUAUGGGUAUAAUAAUAACAUUUUGGUAUUUUAAUUUUAUAAAUAACAAAUUUUAAUUAUUAGAAUUAUUUAAUUACUAGGUUUUUAUAAUUAAUUUUAAAACGAAACGGGUCUAAUUUUUUUCGCCGAUUGGUUUAAAUUCUCAUGAGAUAACAAUUAUUUCUGUAAUUUUGUUACACAUUAUUUAUGUGUAACACUUACUUAUUUUAUUAUGAAUUAUUAUUUGUUACUAUACCUAACCUAUGUAUUUUUUUAAAAUUAUUUUUUAAGCAUAUGCGAUGUAAACAUUAAGACAGAUCAUGAAAGCCGCGAAAGCAACAUAAUAUGAGAACAAAAAUAAUAUUUUAAGUAUAGUUAAAAUAUAUUUAAUAUUUAAUUUAUUUAACUAGCAUAUUUCCUAUUAGAUAGCAAUUAUUUUUUUAGAUUGAUUUAAUGAGUGUUCUUCAUAUUUUAGUUUUUUAUUUAGUAUAUUUAUAUAUUUAUUUUAUAUUGAAUCAACGUUGUGUUUUAUCCUAAAAUAAUUAUAUUUAUAAUUUUGUAUAAUAUUUAUUACAUUAUUAGGUGGGUAUUAAAAUAUUAAAAAUACAUAGGUACAAAUAAAAUAAAAUAAAGUCCUAAUGUUGAAAUUGUGGUAUGACUCAUAAGAAAUUAUGGUUAACAGACGUUAUUAAUUGAUAAUGAAGUUGUUACCUCAUGGAAACUGUAGCUAAUCGGAGAACAGGAUUGUUUCUUUUAACAAUGUACUGUAGCUUACAUGCUGUAUAGGUAUGGUCUUGUAUUACAUUCGUAAAAUGUUGAGUUGGAAAACAAGGGACGACGUAAAAGAAGAAAUAGGUUGUUCGGCAAAGUGGUCAUAUAGGUUACAAACUUCGAGAAAAGAUCUAGUAACGAAAUGAACGGUGGCGAAAUGAUCAUAUUCGGUCCAUCUAAUGUACAAUCUAUAUAGUUCAUCUAUUUAGAAUUGAAAUCUCAAUGAUCAAAUAUCUGUAUAUAUCGUUCUGUAUUAUUUUUUUGCAUAGCAAAUGGCUUUAUUUUCAGCAAAACGCGGAAAAAAUAAUUCCAGUAAAAUGUGUUUUAUCCACGCUUUAUUUAGGUAUAGAUUACGGUAUAUUAGGUAUUUUAUGUCUGGCCGAAAUAUUGUGUUCCUUAUUGUAUUGUAUAGGUAAUGUACAAUGAACGAACCAUGCUUCAGUAGAAUAGUUGUUACAAAAUAUCAUGCAAUGCAUUAGGCAAAGAACUAGAUGUUAAAUAUUAAUACAAAUCCACGAUUGAUUUUAUUUGAAUAUUUAUUAAUCAUGUACUGUUGUUAUAAAUUAAAUGUUUAAAAUAUUGUAGACAUUUUUUUUUAGAUUUUGAGUGCAUCGAGGGAUGUAUUGGUUUUACCAUUAUGCGUAUGAGUUUUUAUUUUCAUUUAUCGAUUCUGAAUGGACCGUGGAAUGUAUUUGUUGUAAUAAUGAUGUUUAUUUUUAUUUUAUUUUUUCUGUGGACAACUUUUUUACUAGCCAUUCUGCUCCGAUUUUCAAGUGUAGCACUUUUUUUGAAAGGAAAUUUUUUCUAUUUGGUACUUUAGAAAUGUUAUUUUUUUGAUUUUCCGAGCGGUUAAUCGUAAAUAUUACAGCCUUUCAAAACAUGUAUAAUCAAACUCUGCUUAGAAUCGUUUUUCAUUAGCAAAGAGUAGUUAACAGAUUAGCUAUAACAGUGGCCUACCCGUCGUAUGAAGCACGUCCGUAUCUUUUUGUUUUGUGUCUUUUCUACCAAAAAUAUUAUUCAGAUUUUCAGUUUUUUCUGAAAGUAAAUUGUUUCUAGUUGGUGCUUUAGAGAGGUUAUUUGAUAUUCCUUUGGUUUUCUUAAUAACUGGGAAUAAGCGGGAAAAUUUAAUGGUUUUCAUUUUUUUUUUUAAUUUGGUUUAAAAUAAUCAUAGAAAUCUGAAUUGUACGCAGAAUAUAAAAUUGUCGGCUUAUAUAAAUUUUAUAUUAGCCUUUUCUAGACGUUGUACAAUUUUUAAAAUAUUCUUGCGAUUUGUGAGCUUUAUAUAGGCAUUUGACAAUUUAAGGUUUUUUGUCCAAACAGAGUGUUUGAAAAGCGCAGUAAGUGAUAACGUACGUAUACUAUGUGACGGAGUGUUCUCCAACAAGCAAAGCUAUUGUAUCACUGAUAAUAAUUAGUAAAACGUUUGAUAGGCAUUUAACACGUUCGCGUCAUUUCUACAUUUCAAUUUUUCGAUAGGUUUUAAUUCUCUUAGCUAGCGUUUGGUCCGAUCAGCGUCGUCGAGUGUACAUACAUUACUGGAAUGUUCGUGUGAAACUGAUUUUUCUAUUUUUUGGCUUACGACAUGAAAGAAAAGGGCGUGAUUUUUACCAGCACCGUGUGUGAAUGACGUGACCAUACAAAAUCGAUACGCAGCAUAAGUGUUAAUAUUAUAUUUUAAUAUUUCGUCGGUGGUAAUAUUCGACCGCAGUUUCAGAUUAUCGUUUUAAAUUAAUCGGUAAUUAAAUUGAGCAAUAAUAACGUUUCGUUAGGAUACUGAAAUAUUACACGCCGUUGUUUUGUAUAAGACAAACCAAAUUAAUGUUACGAGAACGGCGGCCUAAGAUACGAGUAGAUAGUUUCGGAUAUUGCGUGGUUUCUUUGAUCCCGCGCCGUCGGCCGCUUUGCACUUCGAUACAACUUUUUAUACCGUAAAGUGUGCACCGUUGUACAAGUUCGUUCUUCUUUUAUUAAUCGCAUUUGGUCGUCGGUCCUAUUCCGAAUUAGUAGGACUGCUUUUGAUCUGAAAUCUUCGGGAUACUUACAACUUGUUUCGUAAUUUUUCUGCGCGUCACGAUAUUAUUAGUAGGUAUUCGUUUUAUAACUUUAUGCGUACAAAUUAUUAAUGAUAAAAUGGCCUAGGUUCUACGACGAUAGUGAGAAAACGUAUUAUAUUAUAUAAUUGCGGUUCGUAAAAAAAUACAAAAUAAUAUCGUUGUUAUUUUAUCGUGCUCGUUAAAAAUUUAAUAACAUUUGGAAAAAAUGAUUCACUAGGCGUGCUCACCCAUAUUAUUUUGGUUAUAUUUUGCAUGUUAUAUUCGAAUUCUGAUUUUCGGCAUUUUUAAGUGUAAAUUAAAGCCGAUAUAUUUUUGAAUACAGAGAUUUUUCACAGCAUUCUAGGAGUACCCUGUCUACCCGAUGCGUCUUAAAUAUUGAAGUACCAGUAAUUGCGUACAGUCGCAUACAAUUUAACGACGAGUGUUGUAAAAAUAAAAUAUUGGCGCAGCAUAAAUACUCGUUACAGUUGGCGUGAGUUUUUCAUCAGCUACAUAACGCGGUGUCUUAUGUUUUGAUAUGAUUUUUUGAUAACAACGACAGAACUUCCGAGGAUACUCUCGAAUAAUAAUAAUAAUAAUAAUAAUAAUAAUAAUAACAAUAAUAAUAAUAAUAUAUGUUUGUUAAUUUUGUAUUCGCUUUAUAUUUUGUUUUAGCGCUUUUGCAUUCGCUUUUUCCCCGCAAACGCAAUGUAGGUUUCGUAAUUAUGCAGGGUUGAACGCUGUAGUAUUACUUUAUUCUUAAAUCAUGUAGUGUAGUUGUAUGGCAGCUCGUUUCGAUGUUUAAAAUAUUGAUUCCGUAUUGCUGGUUGUUAGUAAUCUGCUAAAAUAUAAUGUAGAUAGUUUGGAAUCUUUGAAAAUUCCCAACGCAGCGAGAAAUGUAUUGGUGUAUGAUGUGUGGUUUUGUUUUUUUUUGUUUGUGUUUUUUUUUUUUAUUACUAAUGUAAGAACAUGUAAAAUAUGUUAAGUCCGUGGCUUUCACGUUAAAUAUUUUACAUUUCUGGCCAAGUUCGUCCAGAAGACUUCCAGUCGAAAACCCUAUAGGAAUUUCAUUCUUGCAUAUUAAAUCUAGUUGACACGUCGAGAGAUCACUUAUCCUGUAAUCCUUUAUAUUUUUCUUAUUAAUACUGGUGAAAAACCGGGAAUUUUCACGCGACACUACGUCGAUCUACGUCCAAAUCGAUUUUCGUCGUAGUUGAAUACACCCGAAAUGUUCACCGAAUACUUAUUUAUUAUAAAUAAUACUAUAUUAAAAUCGUCAUUAAACACGGUAUAGUUUUCAAAAUAUUUUGUCUCUUUUAGAAAUAUUCACGAUUUAUGUAAUUUUGACGUAGAAUUCAUUUAAACAAUAAUAUGAAAACCCAACUAUAAAUAAACUAUAAAUAAUUUUUUCUCGUUUUAAAAUCUGGUGCAAAUGCGGAAGAACAUAAAAUCCCUUCUAUGUAAAUCUGCCUCGUCAAAAAAAGUUAAAUCUUUACAAACAAUAUUGUUUUGUUAUGCUUUUAUUUCUUGUUUUCUUAUCUCAUGAAUACGUAUCCUUUGAAAAAAAAAAAAAUAAUUGUUUCAAUCAGUGGUGGUGCGUGGGUAAUUUUGCGCGUCUUACUCAUAUUUUUUUAUUAGACGAUUGAGACGUCUGCCUCUGCUUGCUUGGUAACACCCCCGUGGGUGCGAGCUACUACUGGGGUAAAAUAAAUUGGCUUAAACUUGAAUGUUUUUCCAAAAGACAUUAAUAUGAUAAAAGUCGAGUUAAAUUACAAUAGUUCGAUUUAUUUAAUAAUAACAAUGUAUUUAUAUCGGAGGCUUUGUUGUCGGGGGUCUUUUGUCAUUAAACGAGUUGGUGGGUUAGUGGGUGUUGUCUCAAAUGUGUUGUUUAUAAGUUCAUACCGCCACUGAUUACAACAACAUCAAAAUAGCGACGUUCAGAGAUAUACGCGCUCCUCCUAAAUAAGGAGGCACCGAUCAAUAUGCGGUUUAUAUAAUCGGAAUAAGAAAAAUUCCGUGCCCUAUUAUAUAAUAAUGUAUGAUUACAUUAUUUAUAGCAGGUAGUUUGAUAUGUGUUACGUUUUUUCUAUUGUGAUCUGAUUACAAUAACACAAAUUGCCAAGUCACGCGAUUUGAUUGGAGUGUAUUGUGUUAUUAUAUUACGAUACUAAAAUACUGAAAUAUGACCGUGCCGUUUUACAGUUUCUUGUCAAUAUUUUUCGUUGUGAAUUCAAUUGUUGAGUUAAAAAUACUUAAUUUACUUAAUUAAAUUUGUAUACCGGGGAAUUCUUUUAUCGUUUUUAAACGCUCAUUAUCUCGGAAAAUAUUAACUUUUUUUUCGGAACCCGUUAUAGAAAAUUUAAGAAACAAGGAGCUCUACAACUUACCAUGAUGAUUGUUUUUGUCGCUUUAAGUUUCGGGUGUGAAACGACCACUUAUUUUUGAUUUUCAAAUAACAACCAAUAUUAAAAAUCGCAUAAAUAGAUUGAGUAUUCUGUAUUAGUUAAAAUAAAUUUUGGUGUUAAAAAUUUUGAUUUCCGUCAUUCCAUUGUACUAGUAACAGUUGUACUGGUGCACUAAUAAAGUGAGCACAAAAUACCACCACACAAAUGAUGCUCCACUAUUCUCACCCGACCCAAACUUAAAAGUGGAAUAUCUCGUCAAUGAAUUGACGAUUCAUCAAAAAUCAACAAUUUCAACACCAAAAUUUAUUGUAAUUACUUAAUUAAUUAACUAAAUAAUUAUUCCAUCUAUUUGCGUCAUUUUAAAUACAGGUUACCAUUUGUAAAUCAAAAGUAGGUAGUCUUUUUACCCCCAAAUGCAAGGAUGACAUUUGAUUUUGUAACAUUUUUAAACAAUUAUUUGUUUCUUCAGUUUUUUGAACAAAAAAAAUUUCAAAAAAAGUCAAUACUUUACAAAAUAAUAAGUGUCUAAUGAUAAAAUAAUCACCCUGUUGAUGUCAGUAGUGUUUUUUUUAUCAUAGAAUAAUAACAGUUAUUUUUGAUUGUAUUUCAGGUUAAUAAAAUGGAAUGGUGGUCCAAAUUAGUAGUUUCAGAUCCAGAUAUAUCUACCAAAAAGAUUAACCCGGAACCGUCCAAACUGUCUGAUUUAGAAGGUGAGACUAGGUCUAUGGUGGAGAAAAUGAUGUACGACCAACAACAAAAACAAAUGGGAAAACCAACGUCAGAUGAGCAGAAAAAACAGGAUGCUCUUCAAAAGUAUAUAAGUUUACUUUAUGGUUUUAUUUACAUCGUUUUGACUGUUAAUAUUUUUAUAGGUUCAUGGAGCAACAUCCCGAAAUGGACUUUUCCAAAUGUAAGUUCAAUUAAACCAGCUCAAAACCAAGAAAAGAAAUACUAUUAAGAACAACGUAAAAUGAGAGUUAAGAUAAUAAAAAUAAUUUUAUCAUUUACACUUUUUUAAAUUUAUGCAAAACUUUCCGGAUUAAAAUAAAAUUAUUGUAAAUUGCAUUGUGUUUUUGUGUUUUUAACUAUAUUUAUCCAAAUUAUAAAACUAUAACAGUGUUAUAACUAUUAAUACAUUUAUUCUACAUUAGCUGACCUUGUUAACUUGAUCAAUGAAAAAAAUUACUGCUGAGAUUAGGUUAGCAUGUUAUGUAAACAAAAUCACUUUACAAAGCUAUAAUUAAAUUAGAUAUAAGGACAGGGAAAUAAAGAAACAAAUUUGUGAAAAGUAUUUAUAGU